UGAGGCCGCGCCCGCCCCGCCGCCGUUCCGGUCCUGCCGUUCCUGCCCCGCCGCCCCGAUGGAGCCCCCGCGCUCCUGGGGCCCCGCACAAGCGGCCGCCUGGCUCCGAGGGCUGGACGCCGCCGUGCAGGGAUACCCUUUCGAGGCCUGGGGGCUCUCGGGGCCCGAGCUGCUGAGGCUGGAGCCGGGGCUGCUGGAGGCUCUGGGCGUGCGGCCCGUGGGACACCAGGAGCUGCUGCUGGAGGCCGUGGAGCAGCUCCGGAGCCUGGACACAGGGCUGGCGAGCACCAGCCUGCGGACGCUGACGGAGAGGCUGCAGGAGCUGGCCCAGGGCAUCCAGGGCCUGAUGCAGGGGGGGCUGUGGGCAGGGGAUGCCCCCCAGCCGCCCUCCCUCACCCUCCUGGCCCGAGCCAUCGAGCUGCUCGGGGCUGCCAAGGAACUCUUCUCCUGGCUCAACAGGUACCUGUUCUCCACCCUCAAUGACUUCUCAGCCAGCCAGGACAUCAUCCUGCUGUGUGCCCAGCUGGCAGAGACCCUGCAGGCGGACCUUCCUGCGGCCCAGAGGAGCAGCGGGAUCCUGCAGAUUUGCCAGCACAUCGAGGGCAUCUGCGAGAGCAUCGUGGGCUGCAGCCCCCCGGCGCUGCUGGACCGCAGGGCUGUGCUGCAGAGCGUGGGGCUGGCGCUCCCCCCAGCGUCCCCUGAGACCCCAACACUGCCCCUCGGCCCACAGGGCAGCCCCCCAGCGUCCCCCAGCACCCCAACGCUGCCCCUCGGCCUGUGGCAGAGCCCCCCAGCAUCCCCUGACACACCAACGCUGCCCCCUGGCCAAUGGAGCAGCCCCCCAGGAUCUCCUGACACCCCAACACUGCCCUGUGAUGUUCUGGGGAGCCCCCAGGCACUGCUCACUGCCCGGCUGGGCUUUGAGAUCACCUCCACCAGCUCCUGCCUGCACUUCGUGUCUGCCACCAGCCCGGGGGCCCUGGCUGCCCACGGGGGCCUCGUCCUGCCCGGGGAUGAGAUCGUGCAGGUCAACGAGCAGGUGGUGGUGGGUUGGACACCUGUCAGCCUGGCCAGGAAGCUGCUGGAGAAGGGGAACAGGGUGACUUUGGUGCUGAAGAAGAUCCCCCUGGACCUGCCCAGCUCGCCCCCCUCUCCCAGGCAGCAGCCCCCAGGAGCAUUUUUGGAUGCUGCAGAUUCCCCUGGCACCAGGAGUGGUGAGAGCCCGGGCAGCCCCGUGUCCCUGAGCUCCAGCGUCGCGGCCGACCUGGACUCGGGAGCGGAGUCUGUCCCGGACCCCGCCACUGACGAGGAGCAGGAAGAGGCCGAGCGGGAGCCGGGGCUGCCCGGGGCAGCCGUGGAGGAGCGGCCGGGCCCGGCUGGGCAGGGCGCUGCAGAGGAGCUGUGGGACAGCGGCACCCCCCUGGACACCCCCCUGGACACCCCCGCUGCCCCUGAGCCCCCUGGCACAGAGCUGAGCCCCAGGGCAGCCGGGGGAGCAGAGCCCGGCCCUGAACAGGGCAGCCCCAGCACGGCACGGAGACCUAAAGGCGUGGCCACGCGGCUGAGCCGCCGGCGGGUGUCGUGCCGGGACCUGGGCCGGGCUGACUGCGACGGGUGGCUCCUCAAGAAGAAGGAGCACGUGGGGUUCAUGGCCCAGAAGUGGAAGCGCUGCUGGGUGGUGCUCAAGGGCCACACGCUCUACUGGUACAACCACCCCAACGAUGAGAGGGCUGCAGGCCUCAUCAACGUGGCCACCUACAACCUGGAGAGCACCAGGGAGCAGAAGAAGAAAUACGUGUUCCAGCUGUGCCACCAGACGUACAAACCCUUUGUGUUCGCUGCUGAAACCCUGGCUGACCUGAGCAUGUGGGUCAGUCACCUGGUGACAGCCAAGACAAAGCACACGCUGGCCCAGCAGGCAGUGCCAGACAAGGAGGAAGACUGCUACAGUGAGACAGAAGCUGAGGACCCCGACGAUGAGGCCCCCAGGCACGGAUCUGACCCGGCAAGGAAGAGGCUGCAGAACAGCCAGGAGAAGGCACAGCUGUCCCCAGGCAGCAGCCCCCAGGGCAGCCCCCGGCCCUGCUCCCCCUUGGAUCCCGGCGGGGAGGAUCUGGCGAGCCUGGCGCGGUGCCUGCGGCAGGGCGGGCUGUCCCUCACGGGGCAGCGGCGGGCCCUGACCCAGGAGCAGUGCCGCAAGUCCUUCCUGCGGCGCAACAGGAACCCGCACAUCAACGAGCGGGUGCACGCCGUGCGGGCCCUGCAGAGCACGCUCAAGGCCAAGCUGGCGGAGCUGCAGGCGCUGGAGCAGCUGCUGGGAGAGGCCGCGCUCACCUCGGACACGUUCCGGCGCUGGAAGGAGGAGCACCAGGAGCUGUACCAGGAGCUGCGGGAGGGCUGGGCCGGGCAGCGGGGCCAGGGCGGUGCGGGGGAGCAGCACAGAGAGGCGGCCGAGCCCUGACAUCCCCCAGCCCUGGCACCCACCGGCCCUGGCACCCACCGGCCCUGCCCUGGCUCGCUGCCCAGCGCGGUGGGUGCUCCGUGCUGAGGGACCUGAACACGUCCAGGAAAGCUCAGCUCCCCGAGGGGCCAUCUAAUUCCUUUAUUUUAAGGGACAGUCUUAAUUUUUCCUUGCCUGCACUCGGCAAGGAGGGGAUUUUGAGCGCCUGCUGUGGCGCUGCCAGCCGGCCCGGCCAUGGGCUGUUCUGCUGUAAAUAAACGU